GUUCCUUGCACACAUUCCGUCACAGAAACUGGAAAGCCGUGUUUCGAUGAUCAAGCAGGAAUCCGGUUUGGAAGAUUGGCCAGCAGCAGCAACAGCAGCAGCAGAAUGGUGACGAGGAUGGGUUCGGGCAUUAGAAUAUUUUUGAAUGCUUAAUAACAGACGGAACUGCCCGGGCGUGCAUCAGUCGUGUGUCGCCUAUCCGAGUGGAGUGUGCAGUAGGCAGAGAGCUUAAUCUGAAGAAAGAACCAGCCCCGAAAGAAGCACGAUCAAGUGCGAGUGAUACCAGUGUGAAUAGUGUACGGCGAUCAGUGAGAUAAGAUAAAAGUAAAAGUGUACUCAGUAUCCGUGUAAUUAUCGUGAACUGAGCCAACAUGCCGGAGUAUCAGUAUCUGUCCGGAUUUGGGUCACACUUCAGCUCGGAAGAUGCCCGCUUCCCGAACGCCCUGCCGGUGGGACAGAAUUCACCGCAAAAGUGUCCCCACGGGCUGUACGCGGAGCAGCUUUCUGGCAGUGCGUUUACCGCACCGCGCACGGAAAAUACCCGCUCCUGGUUGUACCGCAUCCGGCCCUCGGUCGUACAUCAACCGUUCAAGCGGUUCGAGGGUGUGGCACCGUUCCUGCGCGGAACUGGCUGGGAAGAGCAGCACCCCAAUCCCAACCAGAUGCGCUGGAACCCGUUCGAUCUGCCGGCGGCCGGAAGCGAGGUAGACUUUGUGGCGGGAUUGCAUACCGUGUGUGGGGCGGGCGAUGUCCGCGCCCGCAAUGGGCUGGCCGUGCAUGUGUACCUUGCCAACUGUUCGAUGAAGGAUACGGCGUUCUACAACAGCGAUGGCGAUAUGCUUAUAGUUCCCCAACAGGGUCCACUGGACAUAACGACCGAGUUUGGCCGACUGUACGUAAAGCCAAACGAGAUCUGCGUCAUUCCGCAAGGCAUCCGGUUCAGCGUAGCGCUGGAAGGACCGUCCCGUGGCUACAUUCUCGAGGUGUACGAUGGUCACUUCCGGCUGCCCGAUCUGGGCCCGAUCGGUGCCAAUGGGUUGGCCAAUCCGCGUGACUUCCUAACGCCCACGGCCCAUUUCGAGGAUCGCUCGGUCGAGGGGUAUCGCAUCGUGUCCAAGUUCCAGGGCGCACUGUUUGUCGCCACCCAGGGCCAUUCACCGUUCGAUGUGGUCGCCUGGCACGGUAACUAUGUGCCGUACAAGUACGAUCUCGCCCGCUUUAUGGUGAUCAACUCGGUCAGCUUCGAUCAUUGCGAUCCGAGCAUCUUCACCGUGCUGACCUGCCCCAGCAACCGGCCCGGCACGGCGAUCGCCGAUUUCGUCAUCUUUCCACCGAGAUGGUCCGUCCAGGAGCAUACCUUCCGUCCGCCGUACUAUCAUCGUAACUGCAUGAGCGAAUUUAUGGGCCUGAUUUUCGGCCGGUACGAGGCGAAGGAGGGUGGCUUCAUGCCCGGUGGUGCCUCGCUACACUCGAUGAUGACACCGCACGGGCCCGACCAUCGGUGCUUCGAGGGUGCGUCCAAUGCGGACCUGAAGCCGGAACGCGUUGCCGAUGGGACGCAAGCGUUCAUGUUCGAAUCGUCGCUGAGCAUGGCGGUAACGCGCUGGGGCGAGGAAACCUGCCAAAAGCUGGACGCCCGCUACUACGAAUGCUGGCAAGCGCUGGAAAAGCAUUUCCAUCUGUAAUUUGGCUUCGGAAAACCGACGACAUUUAAACCGAUUUUUGAACGUGUACCAGCUGAACUGAAACAACCAUUUUUUACCAUGUUUGACUAGUAGGUUACCAGGUGUUAUUGAGCAGUAGUACACUUCUUUCAUUUCUUUUUCAUUACUUUCCCAUUUUCUUUAUUCGCCUUUUUUCACCUUGUAUCGCUUGUGUAUCGUUGAUUUUACUUGUGCUAUUCCUUAGUUUCGGUUUCUGCUGUUGUUUUGGUUUUACUGGAUUUGGUUUGUUUGUUUGUUUCUUUUGUUUUGAUAAUUACGGAUAUAUGUAUAUUUUUUAAAGAAGCAAAUUUGUUAAAAUGAUGCACCGGGCGGUAUUUUCUCUCCUUCUUUAUGUUUUUUUUUGUUUUUUUUUCUUCCUUUGUUUUUGUUUCCGUGCUUAAGUGCGUCACGCAAUUCCUCAAACAGUGAAAUUUGUUUGAAAUUUUCAUAGGUUUUUUUGUUUGUUUUGUUUUACUUACGUUUAUUGUGCUUUUGUUUUUUUUUUGUUUUCGGUGCAAUCUUCACCCCUCUUGUUUUACACCAUUGUUUGCUGAUGCUUCUCGUGCUUUGUCUGCUUUUUUUUUGAAAAUUAAGUUCUGCAAUUCGAUAAAUACACGAUCGUUAUCACCGGUGUUUUUGUGUAUGUGUGUGUGUGCUGUUAUUAUGUUACCUUCUUUUAUUUUGUUAUCGUUUCGUAUCGCUUGAAAAGUACUGUUUAUGCACUUUAACCCUUUCCAUUUUUUUUCUUUUGUGUUCUUUUCUUAUUCUUUCCUUCGGCUUUUUUUUCUUUUUCUUAAUUUUCCUGGCUUAGUUACCUUUUAGUUUCACAUUCAUAGGAAACAAUAGCGCUCGUGGGACGAUUAAAGCGUUCUUAUUUCGUCUGAAUUUAGCGUUGUAUGAAUUGUCCUUUCCAAGCACAUGCUCUUUUUCUCUCGUUCUCCAUUAUGUACACCUGCACAAUUCACACAGCUUCUGUGCAAGUAUGUGUGUGUGUGUAUGUUUGUUUAGUAGCUCUCGGUCGGGGUAUAUAGUAUAGAGGCACAGAUAAAUCCAUGUUGAGUUAUUUGUUGUUAAAAAUGAAUUCCAAUGUAACCACCCAGCACCCAACAUUCCCGUGGAACUUGCAACAACAUUUUAGCACAACCGAAACCUUAUAUUUGUCGGAAGGAGAACAAUAAGAAGAAGAAGAAGUAGAAGAAGACGAGGAAAAAUAAAAUAAAGCAAAUAGUUUGUAUUAUCAUUUUUACAUGAAUUGUUAAGAUGAAUUAGACAAACACUUUGCGAUUUUGCAAAAUUAUGUCGUUUGUUUUCUUUUCUUGUUCGGGUUCUGGUGGUUUCCUCUUUAUCUUGCUCUUUUGUUGUAAACAGUUGUGUAUUGUUGGAAAAUUUUGUCUGUGUGUUUUGCCGAUUGUGUUUCAGUUUUAUGAAGUUUUGCUAAGUUUUGCUACUUGUUAUAUAUUUGUAUGCUCUCUUCACUGCUCCUGUCCUGUUUGGCGCAGUGUUUUUUUUUUUUUUUUUUGUUUUGCGUGCGGGUUGCGUGCAGUGGUAGGUAUUUUUUAGAGUCUUUACGUCAUUUUUAUCUUACUUUCUCUCUUUUCCAAUCCCUACGUUUUCUCUCUCUCUCUCUAUCUCUAGCUACUAUCGGGUUAAUAUAGUUAGUUAUGGAACUAUGUGACUUUUCAAGUAUCGAUCAUACAAAAAUAAACUGUAUUUUCUGGUAUGUAGUUUCACUUAUUACUUCCUUUUGUUGUUGUUCUUUUCAUCCUUUUUUUUGUUGUUUACUAUGCUUUUCCCUCCUUCAUACUCUGCACUUGAGUUUUCAGCACACACUUUUCUUCAAUGUGUCAGUGCAGUUAGCGUAAGUUUCUAGGUGAUUUGCUUUACUUUAGAGCUCACGAACAUGCCACAAACUCAAAGCGCAACAUUUUGUGUUUGAUUGCAAGCAGAAAUUUCCAUGAACACACACACACUCAAAAACGCUGUUCUGGGGAGGUCUAAGUAACCGAAUGCCAGAUUCACAUCCGAACUUUGCUGCAAUUGCCACGAUAUUGCGUGUUUCGUGCAUUUCGUGGCAAGGAGACACACAGGGUCCAAGUUGAGGUACUCGUAGUAUUCUUGUUACCUUAACCUUUACUUGUUAUAUUUUUAUAAUUUUGUUUGCUUGUGGUCACGUUUCACUACGUACAUGGGCCAUUAUUGGUGUUUCUCGUAUCGCUUUUCUCUCUCUCUCUCUCUCUCUCUCUCUUUCUCUCUUUCUCUUUCUCUCUCUCUCUCUCUUUCUCUCUCUCUUUCUCUCUCUCUCUUUAUUUCUCUUUCUCCUUCUCUCGCUAAAGGGUUUCUAUCAUCUAAUCCUCAACCUGUCCUGUCUAGUGCUACUUUAGCGUCGAGUCGAGUAGUUCCACCCAUAACAGGCCAAACGCAAAUGGCGUAGGAACUGAAAGUAUGUGUAGUAAAAUGUGUGCUUCUUUACAUAAUUUGCCAUGCUUGUGUGCAUGUGGUAGACGCACCACACUUUGACUACUUUUGAUUUUCGUUUGUUUUUUUUUUGUUAGCUCCUUCCAUUUCCGACGUGACCCCGUAUCCUGACGAGGGAGAUUUGUAGCAUAUUCAAUUCCUUUAUUCCCUCUGUUGUCGGGUUUACGUUUUGUAUUGUGCAGGAGAACUUUCUUGCUUUUUAUCUUCACAAAAUUCUUCUUCCCCUUCCCCAGUCGUGUAUUUAAACAGGUCAGCAAAAUAGCAAACAGUUCCCCCUUCUCAUUAUACUAUGCAAUGACAAUGGCGCGUGGACGGUGAUAAGCGGAGUGACAUUGUUUGCAGGUAGCAGAUAAUAAUCAAACACAAACCGUACUGUUCGAACUCAUCUUGUUUGCGCAAAUGAUCGAUACAAUGCGUAGCACUACUACUACCUUAGCUUCUAAUUGCGUUUAACUCUAACUGGUUCCAAUACUUCAGUGCGCGCAGUACAAGCGUGUGAUCACUUUACGGAUCGGUCUCACAUAACCAUGUUUUGUUAACCCUCGAUCAACGAUCGUUUGCAGCAGACGGAUCGUUGCAUUUGAAAGGACACUCGUCAAAAAUGAGCAAUACAAAAAAUAAAAGCAUGAUCAUCGUUGCGUUACGACGCUCACAUUGCCAUUCCAUGGUCAAGCGCUCAUUUGCACCACGUUUACGCUUUUGCAAAAUUUAUAACAAAAUAUUUAAGUGCUCCUAUCGCAUCGCAAAACUAAUCUUGUACACUCUUUGUAUAUAGUUGGCUCCUGAGCAAAUGUACGUAUGCUUUAAAAAACAUCACACUAAACGGUUUUGUGUAGCGGUUGCUGUUGUGUAGUUAAAGCUAUUGAGAUAUUCACUGGUAUGUAAAAUGUGUGCUAAAAUGGUUUUUGGUAUUGCUUGUUAGGUUUAUGUAGUUUGCCCGGGGGAGGGUUGGCGAAACAAAUGGCUACAAUAAGACAUAACCAAGCGCAUUUUGCUCACAAACGAGACUAAGCCUAUUUGUUUCUAGCGCAAUCUAAUCGAUCGAUUGAUGUUUAGGGAAGCUUGGCAAUGAUGAUGAUGAUGAUGAUGAUGAUGUUAGUGCACUUAAUUGCUUACUACAUCCGUUGGAGGACCAUUACAACCUGUGUGUGUGUUUUGUUUGUUUCUCUCUUCACUUUUCCCUAUCUGUCGCUAGGUGUACUUCGGAUUGAUUCUUCGGCCCAAGCAAUACGUACUUCUUCUGGCCAGCGAAAGUUAAAUACGUACUGUGUUGAAGGACAUUUGUUGCACUCGUUUCAAUUGUAUUACUUUGUACCGUAUUUUAGUGUGUUGUUGCUUGUUUCGAAAUUUCGUUCCACUUAGUGAUCCGCCCAACUCUCCAACUACCUCCGAAAACAAUUAUUCUGUGCGUUUGCGUAGUUGUAUGCUUUUUAUGUCUGAGUGUCUGAGUGUCGAUGGAAGGAUUAGCAGUGUUUUUAUUAUUAGGUGCUGAUCGGAUCUGGGCUACACACGACGAUCUUUACUUAUAUCACAAUCCUUUUUUUAAUUGAAGGUAUUUUCACUAGGAUCACUCUUGUUGCCUGCAGGUGUGUGUGUGUAAGUGUGUUUACAAUUUUUGUUAUAUUGUGUUUAUCUUUCAUUGCUCUAUCGCACACGUUUUUAAUAUUAUGUCCAUCAUACACUCUUUCGUGUGAUGCUAUAUAAUGUAUGCACGAUUUUUCUUUUUUUUUUGCAUUUUCUUUUGAGGAAAAGGAUUGUCUUGUGUGCUACCCUUUAGUUGUUGCUGUGUUACGGGUUUCCGGUAAUGGCGGUGUGCCUCUCGCGCAAUGUGUAAGUCUAUCAUCCUACUAAACUGUACCACCGAAGCACCGAAGUGGCUAGAAAUACUAGAAUUCCCCUUACGCUCCGAAUAGUGUCCGAAUGGCUUAAUAACAUCACAUCGUAUCUGAACCCGAUUUGACCGAUAGGAUUUAAAGGAUCAAUCAACGAAACGAGCGUACUGCAGCACUGCCUACGGUUCCCGUUGGAUUGGACACAUUACAAGCACAAAUAAUUGAGCAACUCACUUUACUGUACUUUUGUUUUUGUUCUCUUAAAUUAAAGCUAAGUUUGUUUUU